AUUUGAUUCGCGAUAGGGACUUGCUCCUCACGUAAAAUUGUCUGUAAGAAAUUGUUCGUCCUUUUCCAAGGCUGUACGCCAUUAUAGGGCCGUAUCUGUAUAAAAUGUGGCAGUCUAUGAUAGAAACAGCUAAAAGCAAUCCAUUCGGAAAUCCAUUCCAUGUAGCCCAUUGCGAAUCGUUAUCGGAGAGAGAUUUGGUGCCUGGCAGAAGUAUAUCGGCUGCUGCUGCUGUUUCUGAAGUUGGAGACAGCUGUGAAUUUGGCUCCAGAAAGUACUUUGCACUCUGUGGUUUGGGAGGAAUACUGUCCUGUGGAAUUACUCAUACAGCCAUUGUUCCAUUAGAUUUGGUUAAGUGCCGAAUUCAGGUUAACCCAGCAAAAUACAGGUCUAUUGUAAAUGGAUUCAAGGUGACCAUUAAGGAAGAUGGAACACGUGGCCUUGCUAAAGGAUGGGCACCAACCUUUUAUGGAUACUCUAUGCAGGGUCUUUUCAAGUUUGGCCUGUAUGAGGUCUUCAAAGUUUUAUAUUCUGAUCUGUUGGGUGAGGAGAAUUCAUAUGUAUGGCGGACAUCACUUUAUCUGGCAGCUUCUGCAUCUGCAGAAUUCUUUGCAGAUAUUGCCCUCAGCCCCAUGGAGGCAGCAAAGGUGCGAAUUCAGACACAGCCUGGAUUUGCUAGUACACUACGGGCUGCCAUGCCAAUAAUUUACAAAGAUGAAGGUUUGAAUGGUUUUUACAAGGGGCUGGUACCCCUCUGGAUGAGGCAGAUUCCCUACACCAUGAUGAAAUUCGCAUGUUUUGAGAAGACAAUAGAACUACUCUACAGAUAUGUUGUACCAAAGCCUCGUAAUGAAUGCAGCAAGGGAGAGCAACUUGUGGUAACAUUUGCUGCUGGCUACAUUGCUGGAGUAUUCUGUGCUAUUGUCUCUCAUCCUGCUGACACAGUUGUAUCCAAACUGAACCAGGAGAAAGGCUCUACUGCUCUUGAGGCUGCCAAGAAGCUUGGCUUUGUUGGGUUGUGGAAGGGUCUUGCUCCCAGGAUUAUUAUGAUUGGCACCUUGACAGCUGCUCAGUGGUUCAUAUAUGAUGCAGUGAAAGUUUGGCUGCGUCUGCCACGACCUCCACCGCCUGAGAUGCCAGAGUCACUGAAACGAAAAUUAGAAGCCAAAGGGCAAUGAAUUAAAACAGAUAUGAAAUAGAUGAAAGUUAGGUAAAAUUCCACCUGUUUUCAUUUUAGAUAUUUCAUUUUAGACUAUUUUAAGCGUUUGAGAUUAUGAGUAUCAUAACUGCCAGGGAUGAUUGUUGCAGGAUGUGAUUUCACUUUCAGCUUCAAAACUUGAAGUGCAUUCCUUCUGAAAAUAUAACUGGGGGAAAGAUCUACAUAAGUAGUACACCUUGGAAUAUUUUGUUAAACUUUGUAAAGAGAGUGAAAUGCUUCAUGGUUCUUAAAUUUUUGUUUGUAAAUAAAUGUGGGAAAUUAAAUGAAAUUUCCUGUAUGUCUUGAAGUAAAUGACUUUACAAACCAAGUCACAUUCACAUUGCAGUGAAUUACUUCUAACUGGAAUUUCAUCUGCCAAAAAAUGGAACCACACUUUUGAGGCUAAGCAUGAGCAUCCCUGGUGUUCAGUAUUGAUUGAAGCCUUGGCAAAAUGUAUUUAUUAGUCACUUUUGCACUUAAAUGUGACUGUGAAUGAAGUUUGUUGAAAUGGAUAUCGUGUACAGUGUAAUAUAAUAAAUAAAAUGUUACACGGUCUUGGAAA